AUGAGUGCUUCGUUUACACGUCAUGAUGUUGAAUUUCCUACUGAAAAUGGUGUCUUGUUGCGUGGUUGGCUGUUUGAACCCAUUCGAGAAGUUGGAAAUCAAAAACUUUAUCCAGGAAUUGUGAUGUCACCUUAUUAUGGAGGUGUAAAAGAACUCUUUGUGGAUUUAUAUGCAGAAUAUUUUACGAAAUCAAAUUUUGUAGUACUUCUUUAUGAUAAUCAGAAUUUUGGCGACAGUGCGGGUGAACCAAGACAAGAAAUCGAUCCAAAAAAACAAGUUCAAGAUUACAGCUCGGCUAUAACAUAUUUACAAUCGUUGACAAACUUGGUCAAUCCUGAACGUAUUGGUAUUUGGGGUACAAGUUACAGUGGUGGUCACGUGUUAGUUGUCAGUGCAAUCGACAAACGUGUCAAAUGUGUUGUUUCCCAAAUGCCAUCUAUCAAUGGAAAACAGAAUUUACGCCGAAAACAAAAGAAUGAUGAGGAAUAUCAGAAAUUAUUGAGCGCUUUCGAGCGUGAAAGAAAGCAAAUAGCAGAAGGAGGCACUCCGAGAAUCAUACCAAUAGUUCGACCUGCAGUACAGCCAGAUUGGUGGGAAUUUUUUGAUGUAAAUCAAGCCUUGGAUGAAGACAAAUGGCGUUAUAAAAAUUGGAAAAACGAGCAAACAUUACAUAGUGUAGAAAUGUACGGUGAAUAUAAUCCAGAAGAAUAUAUUGAACAAGUUUCGCCAUGCCCAUUAUUAAUAAUUGUUGCUGACAAUGAUACAGUAACGUUUACGGAAGAUGAAAUCGAGCUGUUCGAGAAAAAAGCCCAUGAACCAAAGAAACUAGUUAAAUUCAAUGGUGAUCAUUUUUCAGCCUACAAAGGACAACCAUUUGAAAUCACGGCCAAGGCAGCAAAUGAGUGGUUCACUAAAUAUUUACAAACAUAG